AUGAAGGGACGUGAGAAUAUUUCGCAAGUGGAAGGGAUUGAUGAUGAAGAUGAUCUUGGGAUGGAACCCAUUGCUCUUUCUAGUCCACCAGCACAACAGUUUGGACAUGCAUCAAACAGGGACAAUGACACAGAGAAGAGAACUCAAGGUUUACAAAACAAAGUGGCUAUGAAGUUGGCUAGGUUUGUGGACACGAUAAGACAGAAUCUUGUGGCAGUCCAGAGGUUUGUUGAGGAUCUGUGGCUACGACAAUAUGGAUGUGCAGGCGAUCCAGACAUAACAAGGGCUUACCAGGUUUGGCCAGGGAAUAAUGUGUUUUUUUUCCAUGGACGACUCAUAUGUGGCCCAGAUCCUAGGGGAUUGCUGCUGACAACUGUUUCAAUAAUACUCUCAAGUUGGGUUUUUGCCAUGUAUAGUGAGGAUGAUUUGCCGCACGAUUCUGGUCUUAUCACAGCCUUUUCCUUGAUGUUAACAGUAACUGUUCUGUUCACCCUGUUUCUGGUUAGUACAAUUGAUCCAGGAAUUAUUCCUAGAAAUGAUGGAUCAUCUAUCGAGGAAACUGCUGGCACGAGCGAUGGAACCAGGAGAAAGAGGGUAACUGUUAAUGGGGUAGAACUCAAACUAAAAUACUGUCGCAUUUGCAAGUUUUUUAGGCCUCCCAGGAGUUGCCAUUGCGCCAUCUGUGAUAACUGUGUCGAGAAAUUUGAUCACCAUUGCCCGUGGAUCGGCCAAUGCAUUGCACUGAGAAACUAUCGAUUUUACCUAACAUUUAUCAUAUCAGCAUUGAUUUUCUUUGUGUACGUGUUUGCUUUCUCGUGCUGGAGAAUCCACCAAAGAAUGCUCAGAACUGGCACUGGAUUGCUUGGAAUGCUGAAGAACUGUCCUGAAACUCUGGCACUAGUAUCAUUUAGUUCUGCUACUAUCUUGUUCUUAGGCGGCCUUACUAUCUUCCAUGUAUUUCUGCUUGCAAGAAAUCAGACAGGCUAUGAGAAUUUCCGUCAACGCUACAUGGGGUCACAAAAUCCAUUUGACAAAGGGAUUCUGAGUAAUACCAUGGAGGUUUUGUUUGAACCAUUGCCGCCUUCUAGAGUUGAUUUUCGAGCUGAAGUAAUGAUGCCAAGAGGAGUGCUUGGGGGUCGUUGUGUCACAAUAAUGAGUGUCCACAUCACAGAGCUGGUGUCUUGGUUGGCAGAGACCACAGGUUGCAUGCGGUCAUGGCCAGAGUGUGGGAUGCUAACUGCUAGGGGCCGCUUGAGAUGGGCACCAAUGUUGGCAUUUAUGAAGGCCCAGUAA